AAAUAUGAACAAUCGAGAACAUAAUCAUUUACAGCGUGAUUUACGUACGGGUGAUUAAAAGUACGAUUGGGAUUGAUGAUUCCCCCCCUUCACAAAUCACAAUGUAAGGAUUCAAAGUAUCCAAGACAAAAGGCCCCGGAACGGUCCUUUUUAGGCGCCAUUCUCGUGCUGUGAACCGUAAUCAACUGCAGAAGAAACGCCUCGCCGACCGCCACCGACACUGGAUCGGAGAUUCUCCUUCUUGCUCUGCCCCUAUUCUCUCCGGUAUUCUAUGUAGAUUUCUACUUUUUCGGCUGUUGAGUUUUUUUUUCUGUGUGUGAAAUUAUGCAUGCCACCUGUUCGACGAAAUGGCCCAGUGGGGACUGCUAUGCUUGUCGACUAGUUUGAACUUCCCACGUGUACGGAGCUGAGGUCCAGCAUUGUCGUCUGAAACCGAGCUGAGUAUUCGGCUGGUGUGCUCUCCCCUGCUCUCUUCAGUCAUGUUCUUAUGAUGAUAUAGUUUAAACUGGUUAAUGCGCCUUACUGAGAGGUCUGGGUUAUGCCCAAAAUUCAGCGUUUGGAGAUGAUGAACUUGGGGAGUGGAAGCUAUGGUAGAAAGGCUUUUGAGACUUUGGGUGAGUCUGAUGGGUACCAAACUCACCACCACCACCACCAUAAGACUCACCAUUUUCAUCACUUACCUUAUGAAGUUCUUUUGCUUGUGCUCAUAUUCUGUGCUGUUAGCCUUUCCACUCUUGUACUUUAUCACUGGUCAUACUAUAUACAUUUGUCUCCAAGUUCUCUUGGUCAUGUAUAUUCGCCAAAUGAGGCUCACGGCGAUCUAUACUCAAUGGCAGGGGAAGGCAAUGACUUGGAGAAAUUAUUGAAAAAGACAGCUUUUGGUGAUAGAACUGUUAUCAUUACAACUUUAAAUGCAGCAUGGACAUCUCCAAACUCUGUUUUUGAUCUCUUUCUAGAGAGCUUUGGAAUUGGGAAUCAAACACGCAAUCUUUUGAAUCACCUACUUGUGGUGGCUCUAGACCAAAAAGCCUAUUCUCGUUGUUUGGAAGUACACCCAUACUGCUAUGCUCUUCAUACAAAUGGCAUGAAUUUUACUGGUGAAGCUUAUUUUAUGAGUUCACGGUAUUUGGAAAUGAUGUGGGCAAGGAUUGAUUUUCUUAGAACGGUUUUGGAGAAGGGAUACAACUUUGUUUUUACGGACGCUGAUAUAAUGUGGCUUCGGAAUCCAUUUUUGCAUUUCCACAAAGAUGCUGAGUUCCAAAUUGCCUGUGACCAUUUCUACUCCAACUCAUCGGACCUGAACAACCUGCCCAACGGAGGAUUUAAUUACGUAAAGUCAAGCAGGCGCACGAUCCAGUUCUAUAAAUUCUGGUACAACGCAAAAGAUUUCUUCCCAGGCAGCCACGACCAAGAUGUACUUAACAGAAUAAAGUUUCACCCCUACAUCAGCACCGCACUUGGGCUGCAAAUAAAGUUCUUGGACACAAAGUUCUAUAGUGGAUUCUGCCAGCUUAGUGACGACGUUGAUGCCGUUAUCACAGUCCACGCGAAUUGCUGUGUUGGUUUGGAAAACAAGAUUCAUGACCUUAGGCUAGUGCUUGAUGUGUGGAAGGAGUACUUGUCUAUGUCUGAUGAAGAGAGGUCAUUAGAGAAUCUGUCUUGGGGUCUUCCUCAACUUUGUGGAAACAUUGGAGGAGAUACUGCACCAGACAAUUCCACAACGUUGUAAGCAAUGCUGCUCUGUAUUUAGCUAUAUAUAUAUAUAUAAAGAUAGAUAUAUGUAAUGAUAGUAUGUGUUGUAUUGCUUGUGUUGGCCCCUCCUAAACUAGGAUAUCAAAGAAGCUUAAUAUUUAUCUA